AUGAAGAAGAAGAGAACUUUUGUCAAAUUUUCACAACAAUCGCUUUCUUCUACAAAUUCAAUUAUAAUUGCAGAACGUGAGUUUUACUUACCAGAUGACUGCUGGGAGCAUGUCUUCUCAUUCCUCAUCAAUCCAGUCGAUGAAACCGAAGACAAAAACAAACUCUGCUUCAAAUCCUCCCUAUCUCUCGUCUCUAAACAAUUUCUCUCCAUCACUAACCGUCUCAUAUUCUCUCUCAGAAUUUAUUAUCCACAACUUUGCAUUCUCCCUCGUUUCUUUCAUAGAUUCUCCAACCUUCAUUCUCUUGACCUCUGGUUCGCCUCCUCGCAUGACCUCGACGACAAUGCAGCCAUUGCUUUGGCUCUCCGUGACAGACCAACAUUGAAAUCGUUAUCUAUUUUCGGAAUUGAACUCAAGGAUGCAAACUGCGUUUCUUCACAUUACAUUGAUUCUUUCAUGAGUUUGAAGGGUUUGAAUUCUCUUAAGUUUCGGCGUUCGCAAAUAUCAGAUGAUUUGCUUUACUCUAUUGCAAGAGAAGGUCUUCCUUUGAAGAGUUUUGUUCUUGAAAAUUGUAUCGGCUAUAGUUACCAUGGAAUUUAUGAUUUGUUAUCCAAGUGUCGUGGGAUACGACAUUUAGGUCUUCAAGAUGUUGAUUUUCUAAAUGAUCAUGAUGUUUCCCGAUUGUCUUUACUUCUUCCUGAUUUAGUAUCUAUAUACCUUAAUAAAUGUUACGAGCUCACAGAAUCAACUUUGUUUGCCUUCAUUAAGAACUGUAAUUCACUAGCUAAAAUUACAAUGGAAGACAUAUAUGUUAGGAGGGAAAGUGUAAAAAUUUACGAUAUUUUGAAAGAUUUUGAUGUCAACCCUCAAUUAAAGUUUCUACAUCUGUGUUCCAAUAUAUGGAUAAAGGACGAGACCCUCAUAUUGUUUGCUUCCGUUUUUCCCAAUUUGCAGCUUCUCGAUUUAAGUUCUUGGGAUGAGGACUACAUAUCUAAAGAAGGUAUUUGUCAAGUUUUAAGUAAAUGUUGGAAGCUUAAACAUUUGAACUUGUCCUUUGGUGAUAAUAUGAGAGGACUAAAAAUAAACUUUGUAGUUCAGCAGCUAGAGGUGUUGAACUUAUCCUUUACAAGUGUUGAUGAUGAAACACUCUAUGAGAUCUCAAAGAGUUGUUGUGGGCUUUUGCAUUUAUCAUUGGAUGGGUGUGAAUAUGUCACAGAAAAGGGAGUGAUGAGCGUGAUUGAAAACUGCACACAACUAAAAAAGAUCGAUUUGGCAUUCUGUGAUAAUGUGAAUGCUGAUGUUGUUGUCUCAAUGCUUUCAUCAAGGUCAUCAUUAGGAAAAGAUAAUUGCUCCUCUGAAGUUCGGCUGAAGUUCAGAUGA